AUGCAGGGAUGCAAUAUCAAGGAAAUCUUCCAGAAGGCUUUCUCAGAAAGGAAGGAUGCUGAACUCCUAGCGUUCACGGGCUGGACCAUUUGGAAUCGAAGAAAUCAAAUCAGAUUCAAGGAGGUCGUGUGUCCUAUAAACCACAUCCUCCCUCUGUCCGAGGAAAGGAAAGCAAAGUUUCAGAGUCUCCAUCAGGCAACAAGGAUGAUACAACACAGGAAUCAUACGAGAUGGAAGCCGCCGGAACUAAAGGUGUACAAGGUUAAUUAUGAUGGCGCGACCUUUGCGGAUCAAAGACGAGCUGGUAUAGGAGUGGUCAUUCGUAAUGCAGAAGGUGCGGUCAUGGCUGCACUAUCACAGUUGAUCCCUCUUCCAACUACGGUGGCCCAAGUGGAAGCGAUGGCAACCAGGAAAGCAGUUGAGUUGGCUCUAGAGACUGGCUUUACAAGAGUUGCCAUUGAAGGUGUUUCAGAUACUAUCUACAGAGACCUAAGUAGCACUGAUCCAUCCUUAGCCUUACACGGGCAUGUGAUUCAAGACACUAGAUGUUUAGCUUCCUCUUUCGUUAGUCACAGUUUUUCUCAUGUUCGCUGUCAAGGAAAUAAUGUAAUUCAUGCUUUAGCAAGAUGGGCAAUAAACUCACCCAAUUUAACAGUCUGGAUGGAAGAUGUACCACCAGACAUUCAGUGUAUUGUUUAG